AUGAGUAAGCUUGUGGAUGACACUGACUCGUGCAAAGAUGGCGCGCCAUCGGCUGGAUUGCCAAUCAAUACUAAUCUCUAUCCUAAGAACAAUUUCGGUCCGAACACCACCUACGCUUUUUGGACUGUGGUAACCAAAAAAUCUGGUUCCUAUAAGGUGUGCUACAAACGCCGUGGAGAGGAAUGGACGGAGAUUCCCAGUAUCCAUAUCGCCUGGCCGCAAGUUGGACCUACACAAAAUUCUACACCUACAUCGUUUCCGAUUCCCAUCGACCCUGUUACAAAAGAAGCUUGUCCGACAGCGCCGACGGGUGGUGAUCCUUGGGUUGACUAUUCUAGCUUGCGGUUUAAGAUGAAAAAGAGGAAGCCCAUGGAUGUGUUCGCGAACAUGAUCGUAAACCUCUUCUGUGUACCGCGCUCGGCGUUCACAAUAAUUCGUAUGACGCAUGAAAUUGAUGGGCAACAAGUUGUGUAUGUCGUUUUUGCAUGCUCUGGAGUCUUGUUGAAAGAUGGCCGUCCUGCUUGCGAUACCAUAGAGCGCAGCAACUAUGCCGUGACACUUAGUAAGGUUAAUUCUACGCUUCUGCAGGUCAAUGACAUCGAUGAAAUUUCAGGCAGCACAUCCAUAGCUAGCGCCGGUGAUGACCCUGACGUCUCACCACGCGUCAGGAGUUUUUUCCCUACGUUGAUCAUUUGUAUUACUGCACUUGCGUGUUCUGGAAUGUUGGUGUUUGCGGUCCUAAAAUAUCGUGAGCGUCGCCAGUACUUUGUACAGUUUGGGAUGGAUGACGACGGCAUCGACGACAUGUAUAUCCCAGCGAUGAUGUCUGCAGGUAUGGAUGGAACCGGCCACCAUGACACCAACCACUCCCCCUCUCAAGAUCUGGAUGAGAAUUUAAUGAGAGAUAUUCGAAUAAAAGUGAACAAAUAG